UGAUCGCAAGCAGAAGCAGCAGCAGCGGCUACGCAAGUGGCGUGUGGUGAAAUUAAAGCCGCACAGUUUUUCCGACUUUGCAACGCCGCGCGCGUAUCACACGCGCGUCGUGAGAAAUUAAUCACUCUCCCGAGGGAAACCAGAGAGGGAGAGUUUUCCUUCGUGAGUGGGAGAGAGCGAGAGAGCGAGAGAGAGAGAGGCGGUGUGUGUUUCGUCAAGUCGCGCGCGCGUUCUGCGUUCAAGAUUUUCCCGACGUCGCGACGCCACCUUCGUCGAAGAAGACACAGCCGUCGUCGUCGUCGCAUCCGGAACCCCAGUCGACGAAGGCGAACGGCGAGGCCGGUUCAGUCGAUAGUGAACCACCGAACCGAACCGGAGUGCCAACCCCGAACUACUAGGAAGCCGCCCCUGGCGUGUGUGAUUGUCUAGAGCAGAGAAGAGAGAAGCAGCAGUUCUUCGACGUCGAGCAGUUUGUUGCAGGUCCUGGCAAAAGGAGGACGAAGAUCACGUGCGGGUCGUCGAUUCCGCAACGGCCGAGAAUCCGUUACAUAAGGUUUUGCGUGCGCGCGACAUUGGAGGGUCAGCUCUCUCAGCUGUAGUACUGACUGACGGACUUUACAGCACAUCGCACAACGCGUGGCCGAAAGGUGUGUAGAGUUUGAGACAGAUUCUACGACGAAACGCCAGCCCAGAGCGAUCGAACCAACAAACCGGUGCGCGACCGUUGUGCGUAUUUGUGAAAAUGUGACCAGUCCUCUCGGUUUGUGUUGCGGUUGUGGGUGCCAAUGUGAAAAUUGUACCGCGUAACCCCAAAAUAAAAUUAGUCAAUUUUGCGAGGCAGAAGACAACGACGACGACGGUGACGAAGAGCGCGCGUGUGUGUGUCCGCGAAGAGGUCAGAAUUUGGUGAGGAAAAGUUACACUUUUUGCCCCGUAAGUAACCGUGAAAUGAGUCACCUCGCGAAGGUGUGAGUGCGCCGCCGAGCGAGUACACAAAUGAUAAAUCUUGCACGAGAGUUGAAUAAUCGCACGAGGAAAAUCAACACAGAAGAUCACCAGUGAAGUGAGGCAAGAUCAUCGAGGCGCACGGUGAGGGAAGGUGUGCGACGACGGCGAAGGCGGGCACAGUGAGACAUAUCGUCGUGAGAUCAGACACACUUUUUUUCACAAUCGUUCACAGGGUUUGUGGAUCACGACGAAGAUCUAGGGCACGAAGCGAGGGCGAGAGAGAAGAUAGAUCGCAUGAUCAGCAGUGAGUGCAUGCAAGUGAGUGAGCAAGAGUGAAAGAUACACGGGGAUACCCUUCUCGAAGUUGGUGUGUGCAUUAGAGGAAGAAGAAUUGAAUCGUCUGUGUUGUGCCUAGGAAGAGCCAAGAAGACUACACUGCUGCAGUCCAGCAAAUCGACACGACGCAACGGAAACGUCAGAAAAGAUUAUGGACCUUUCUGAACCGGAAGAGUUGAGGAAGCGGUUCCGCGUGCGUGCAGCUCAUUCGAUGAGCGAAGCGUGAGUGUCGCGUGAGCGCGCGGUCACUCACCAGUGAGUGAGUAGUUUUACGAAUUGUGGUGGCCCAAAAUUGCGAGUCUGGGGGUGCACGUUUGGGUGCAAGCGGAAAACGAUGAAGAAGAUAAUUGACAUGCGUCACUGUAGAUCUACGAAGAAGUUCAAGCUAAUAUUGCUGAUCCGAGCCAACCGCUACCGAGAGGCGCCCUAAGCUUUGGGCGGACGUGUCUUUGUGUCACGCGAGUGUGUGUGUGUGUCGGAUUUUGUGUCAAACUCGCCCCCGGGGGGAAUUUCGCGGCGGUUGGUGCCCUAGGGACCUCUAGGCAGCGACCCAUCCAAGCGGAGCAAAGCCGGACGCCAUGUACUUGCGCAAAUGGAGUCCGAUUAAAUAUCUGAUGUACUUAUGGCUAGCAAUUCUAGUGUGGAUAUUCUGUCGGUGUGAGAGCGUCGCCACGAUGCACCUGGCGCCAGUUGGAGUUAGUAGCAGCAGCAGCAGUAGCAGCGGCGGCAGUAGCUUAAGUAGUAGUACUAGCGUUAGUAGUGGCAGCAGCAGUAGUAGGAAUAGUAUAGCGGAGCAGCUGUUUGCCAAUGGGAUGCACUAUCGGGGCAGCGGUUCCACCAGUCCGUACCAGUGGCGCCCGUCGGAAGUGACCACUCAACGGUCGGCUACAUUUACCAAAACCCUUGAUCGCCGGUGGACGCCGACGCCACCAGCUCAAGUGGCCAGCAGUUCCUUCUCGUCAUCUUCCUACUCCUCUUCCUCCAGCUAUCACCAUCCUAUUAAUUACGCUAAUCGUGUGCUCGUAGAGAAUGCCAAUAAGCAGCUGAUAAGCCAUGGGCGCCCCUUGAAGGAUCAGCUAGCAGCUAGCAGCCUAAGUCAGUCAUCCACUAGCGACAACCAUAGUAGUAGUAUUAUUAGCACCAGUAGUAGUAUUAACGUCGAAGCUGUCCAAGCCGAGCAGCGAUUGCAGCACCAAUGGCGGCUCCGGAUGAGUCAGAAACGAGCCCGACGGCUUGCCCACCGGACUCAACUGGCCAACCGCAACCGGCGGGACUCGGUCCGACCGUUGCCAACCUCCGGCAGUCAGCAGCAGGCGCCCAGCCGGCGUCCUCCCAACCAACAGGGACCCACGGCGAACCUGCCGGCCAACGGGCGGCGCUACUGUUCCGCCCGUGAUCCUGCCACGCUGGCCUUUGACGCCCCGAUCGUGUUCGAGGGCAAGGUCAAGUCGAUGAGCAGCGACCGGAGGGCCAACUUUUCCGUCACCUUCGAGCUGGUGGCGGUCCACAAAAAGUACACCAAGUUCUACCUGCCCAGCAACGUGCGGCUCCAGUUCUCGUACCGGAACAACUCCGAGUGCGACAUCUACCGGGAGACGUACCGCGAGCGGGGCAUUGUCCGCGAAGAGCUCGAACAGGGCAAGGUGUACUUUCUGUUCGUGAAGCAGAUCGACGUCGGCAACUUUACCAUCCUCGGGCAGCCGAUCCGCAAGACCAGACGUACCACGAACGGGGUGCUCGAGGGGGUGAGCGAAAAGUAUGGUAAACGCCCGGAGAUCUAUUCCAUCACGUCGAACGUGACGCGGCAGGAGGGCAAACGGGUGCGUCUGGUGUGCAAGGUGCGGGGGCAGCCGCCGCCGAAAGUGACGUGGUUCAAGGACAAACGGUCCAUCAACCGGAACGUGACGAAAUACGCUCAAGUACACCUCAAAAAACGAUCCGAGCUCAUCAUUCAUUCGGUGAUUCCCAGUGAUGCUGGAGAGUACGAGUGCCGAGCUAAAAAUAAAUACGCCAAGAUUUCCAACUCGACGCACGUUCGAAUAACGGCCAAACAUUCGAGCACCAAGCAGCCAACAACGCCGGCCACGCCGGAACCUCCGUACAAACCGCGGCCAUGCCGGGGCCCUGGCGCUGAGCACUUCUGUCUGAACAGUGGCACCUGCAUUCACUUCGAGGAACUCCAAGAGUGGGCAUGCACAUGUCCCAAAGGAUUCUCGGGCAACAAGUGCGAGAACAAAGACAUCGACUACCACCCGACGACGUCCAGCAAGCACCAGGACUGCUCGUACGGUUACGGAUACGGAGUUGUACGAUGGAACCGAAAAAGAACCCCAAACUGGAAGCGCGAAAUUUGCAACCCCCCUCCGUGUGGAGAUGCCCUAACGGCGUUGGAUGCAUCCACUUACUCACCGUUUUUUUUCGGACCUCCGCCAAGAUCCCACCGGGUCACCCCGAGUGCGCCGACUUCCUGCUGAUGGACUCCCCGGCGGUGGCGGCGUCCCUUCCGGUCGUGCCCCCGCUGUACGACUACGAUGACGAUGCCGACAUCUAGAGACAGAGUGCUGCGCUCCUGAAUCUCAGCCUUAAUCUUCGUGCCAAGGAUACAGAAAGAAAAAAAAAACGGGCGAUUUAUGCGAACUAUAUCUCGAAAUCAACAAAACAAAUAAAAAACAGCACAGAUACACACAGUCGACAAUGCUACUAAUGAAAUUCCAUUCAAUUUAAGUGAUUGUGUAUAAAUAAUCUAACAUUUUGCUAGACAUAUUGCAGAAAACUAAAAGUUGUUUUAAACUGGGUAGGAAAACAGAGCAAAGGAAACGAUCGUGUGACGAUCUCUCUCCGCACACACGAAUUUGAAAAGAUGAAAAUGGAAACAUGUUGAAGAAAAUACCAAAGAUGUAAAUAUCAUUGUAGAAGUUGUAAUAAAUUAUUAACUUUGAA